AUUUGCCUAAGAUGUUACAUACAUCGUAUUGGGACUCAAAGACGCGAAGAGAAUAUAAUACCAUUUGUAUCAUCCUAACCUUCUUUCUUACCAAGAUAUUGUUCGUAUUGGGUCUAUUCCACUCGAUUUCUCUUUUAAAGUGCAUCAUGAUGACUUCUCGAGAGGUCAUCCUUCUCUACAUUGCUCCACACAAGUAAGUUUAACUUCAUAAUUUUUAUGAGAACUCUUCAAUUUCACAUUAAAACAUAUUUUGUCAGAAAAUUUUGAAUUGUUACGUAUAAAUCAUGAAUCUCUCACAUUCGAUGGCAAUAUUUUGUUAAAUUCAUCCCCUAAUUUGCGCAGGCAAUCGCUUGGCUUUGUGCUCCAUAAUUUGCCCUGGCCCGGAAACCAUCUUAGCGAUGAAUUCAAUUUGUCAACAUCGUCCAUAAAAUAUAAUAACAAAUAAAAAAUUAUGUUUAAAUAAUAUAAAAUUUAACUCAUAAAAUCCACAAUGUCAUGUUUACAACGAAAUUUCAUAUACUGAAGAUCGUUCUUGAUUAUCAUUAUAUCUGAAAGGUCCUUUUGCAUCAAAUUGAGUUUAUCAAAAGUAUCAAAUGAGUUAGAUGGACCAAAACAAGAAAUGCAGUCCAACAAUUGAGUAUUCAUAUUACCAAAAUUAGACCACAAUAUACCGCAAAUCUAUUCAAUUCACCCAUCAAUUACAAUUUGACAAGUAAAAUUGAAAGAAAUAUAAAAGAAGAAAGGGUUAAUACCCUAGUUUGGCCCGAAGUUUAGCGUAAGGGACAGUUUUGGCCCCAUUUUUCAAAUAAGACAUUUAUGAUCCACUUUUGAAAUUAUAUGAGAGAUUUGGCCUCAAAAUUGUGUUGACUGUUAAUAUUGACUGUCAAACACUAUUUCGUUAGUGACUUAGCAAAAAAAUAGCUAUGUGGCAUGCCACAUCAUUAAAUAAUAUUAUUUUAAUUUUAUAAUUCAAAUAAAAUAAAAAUUAACAAAGAAAUCCCUCUUACCCAAAAUCCCCAAACCCCAACCAAUCCCUAAAUCUAAAUCAACACCGCCGCCUCCUUAUCAUCGUCAACUACGCCUCCAAACCAAAUUCUUCCUCCCUUUCUCGACCUUUGUCCCAUCCUUCUCCCUUUCGGCCACCGCCUCGACAUCUCUCCUCGAUCGCCGCUUGGUAUGCCCUCUCCGCUGGGUCUCCUCCGUGGGCGGAUCCCUCUCCGGUGAAGGCCCAGAAAAUCCAAAAUCCAAGCCCCCGCACUCGUCGAUUCCCUGCCUUUCCAAGAGAAACAAAUCCCGACUCCAAGCCAUGCAAAAUUCAUGGAUUGUGGCCUACGAGAAGAUGUUGAAUCCUCUGGCGAAGCGAGUAACAGGGGAGCCCCUGAGACUAACUAUCGCAAAGCGGAUCCUGGUCGGCAUUGUGAUGUCGAUCGCAGCGAUGGUGGUGGCGACGAAUGUGGAGAGGAAGAAGAGGGAUUCGGCGGUGAGAAUUGGGGAAUUCGUUUUCCUCCAGUGCUUCGCGAUCUUGAUGUCGCAGUUCUUGUUAAUGGAGAUCACGGAUGGUUUUUCUUUCUUUGCCUGUCGGCGUUGAAUUAUGUGAACUCAGCGCUGGUUCACAAAGCAACGGCGGGCGCCGGGUGAAAAUGGGUGGAGCUGGUCGUAGGGAUGGGUGUGGCCGCUGGUAGGGAUUGGAAAUGGGGUGGGGAUUAAUUGGAGCCCAAUUUAAUUUUCUUGCUUUUUAUUUUAUUGUUUUUUUAAUUUUAACAUAAAUAAGUAAUGGGUAAAUGAUUACCAAAAAUUUUUUAUGUGUAAAUGAUGUGGCAGCCAUGUUGGUGCCACCUCAGCACCGAAUGUUGAGUUACUUACGGAAUAAAUGUUUGACCGUCAA